AUGCAUAGCUUAGAAAAUGCUAUUAUGUAUUUCAGUGAAGUCUUUUUCGAAGGUAUAUUACGUCGAUUUCUCGUUUGGCCUUCAUCGAUGAUUUGGCCACAAAAUUUGCCGGUAAUUUCUCUAUUACGUACUAUACACGAAAAAGAGCAAUCGACAAGUAUUCGAUGGUUAAAUUUAUCACGUAUGAAAUUUUUUCUGUUAGCAACCAUUGGUCAAAUAAUAUAUUAUUGGUUUCCUGCUUACAUAUUUCCUUUACUGAUGACCUUCAGUUGCAUUUGUAUGAUCAAUCCAGACAAUAUUAUUAUCGCUCAAUUGACUGGUUACUACGGACUUGGUAUGGGUACUCUUGUAUUCGACUGGAAUACGAUUACACAAGUCAUUGGAUCACCGAUACUAGUACCAUAUUGGGCUCUGAUUAAUCUUCUUAUAGGAUUUCUAUUUUUUACUUGGUUUUUUAUACCGAUUAUUUACUAUUCAAAUUUAUGGAAUUUUAAAAAUUUACCCAUUGCAGGAUAUCCAAAGUUAGACCAAAGUGGUGGGUAUGCUUUUUUUACAGCCGAUGGAAACGUAUUUGUCCCUAAUCUCCAAUAUAUUUUCGAUCCUACUUAUGCCGAGAAUCUACCGCCAGUUUUAUAUGAUCCUACAACAGCUACCGCAAGUUAUUUAAUAUUUGCCUCAUUAGCUGCGCUCGCUGUUCACACAAUACUGUAUCAUGGCAAAGAAAUAUUUCAUCAUUUUCGUACCUCACUGGAAAAACGUGAAAAUGACAUUCAUUGCACAUUAAUGUCAAAAUAUAAGGAGUUACCCGAAUGGUGGUAUAUAUUAUUGUUCGUCAUUUCAUUUGUUCUUUCAGCUUUAGUGUGCCAUUAUGGAGAGUUUAUGCCAUGGUAUUAUUUAUUUAUAGCUAUUCCAUUCACGUUUGUAUGUUUAUUACCCAUUGGUAUUGUUCAAGCAACAACAACUGUUGAUAUUUUACCCAUUUUUGUUGCAAGAAUACUAGGUGGUGUAUUAUUUGCGGACUUUUUUAAAGCAGCUAGUUUGAUGACAUUUAUGGUUUAUGCUUAUCAAAUGCAAACAAAAGCAUUAUCAUUAAUUCUUAAUUUGAAAUUUGCACAUUUUCUGAAAAUUUCUCCACGUACUCUAUUCAUGACUCAAUUAUCGAUUACCAUUAUAUCUGUUAUCAUAAGGUAUCUUAUAACCAAUUAUUUAUUAACAUUUAAUCACCAGUUGUGUGACGAUGACAGCGACUGGCCAUGCCCUAAUCUAGAUCAGCUAACACUGUAUGUAGCAAUAAUAGGUUAG